AUGAAGGUGGCCGUGGUGCAGUUUACGUCGCUGCUGACGUGGUGGUGGCUGCCGUCGUUCGGGUCGCAGCUGUUGCUCAACGCGUGCUACUCGCUGCACCUCGUCACACCUCCCGCGGCGGAUGCGCACCAACGCCGGAACAACCACGCACAACUCGCACGCACCGCAGUCAUCGUUGGCACGCUCGUGUACCAGCUCGUCAACGCGGCGCUUUCUGCACAACCGAACUACUACCAGCUGCUUGGACUGCCGCUGGACGUGGACGGCGAAGGAGUCAAGCGGUCGUUCCGCGCGUUGGCACGACGCUACCAUCCGGACAAAGUGGGCGAGCAGGGCGAAGCGAUCUUCAUCGUACUGCGCAAGGCGCACGAUGCGCUGUCGGACCCAGUGAAGCGAUUCGCAUACGACCGGUUCGGCGCCGAGGUGGUGGAGUGGAAGGACUGCGAGUCGGCGCGCGACUACAUGCGACGGGGCCUGCUGGGGAUGGUGGGAUUCUACACGAUCAAUCCUGCGAUGUACGCCCUGUUCGGGUGGAUCAACGGUGGUGGGGACGGGAUGAGCUUCUGGCGGCUGGCGUGUCUGUUCGGACUGCUUGCUGCGGAGCUGUGCAUGCUGGUGGCACCCGAGUAUCCGACGUGGCUGGCGAUCGGACUGCCCAACACGACGAUCCACGGCGCAAGGGUGCUGGCGCACACGCUGUUUGUCAACUUUUUCUUUGCGUCGAUGCAGCUCGGUGCGGCGCUGGACGUGCUCGAGUACGGCGAGCGCGGUGCGCCUGCGCGGGGCAAGGCACGAAAGGCGCAACGCGCGCAGGCCGAGAUGGAGGCGGUGCGCGUGCGGACGCAGACACUGCAGCAAGCGAGCGAGCUGAUCUGCAAGACGGCGCUGCACAACUUUGCGCACGAGGUGCAGCCGUUUGCUCCGGCAAGAACGACGACGGGCAAGGAAGGGCCGAGGCAGAUGAGCGCAGAGGAGGAGCAGCUGUUUGCGAGCAUCAGCCAGGUGCUGUUGAGCCGCAGCUUGGUGCAGCAGAAUCCGCAGCUGGCUCAGCUGGCGGAGCAGGCGCCGAUCAAGAAGGAAGAGCCGCACGAGAAGGAGGUCGAAUCGGAAGCGAUCGGGCCUGAAGAAAAGUCAGCCAAAGGAUCGGAGGAUGCCGAUGCGAUACGCACCAAGCAAGAGCCCAGCUCGCCCGUGCUGGCACCAGCAGCGGUUGGAGAAGCGACAGUCAAGGUCGAGGCGGUGGAUGCCUUGCGCGCCGAAGCCAUCAAAGAGGAAGCCGAGGAGCCGCCUGCUGUUGUCGACGAGCCAACAAAGCCAGAGCCGACGCAGGCUACAUUAGCGAGCGAGUAA